GUAGAGAAACAGCGUGCGCGCCUAUGGCCGCAAGCACUCGCUUGAAUUCUCCCAAACGUGUUAUUUAAAUUCGCUUCUCUCUCUCAGUUCGACUGUGCCCUCGAUAGAAUACACAACACAUCGCCGACUGGCCAUUACAGCUCUAGGACUAAUCACUGUUGUUGGAAGGAAAAAACGGUCGACGAAAAAGUUUCCGAGUGUGUGAAGUGUGUGCGAUUCACCUGCUUGUACGGGGUCAUUGGAACUUGCAUUAUGUGAAACUGUGCUGCUGCUUCUGUUAGUUUUGUGUUCCGUCGCGUAACUUCUAUUAUUGGGUUCUGUCUGGUGGAAUCGCGAGGAACCAGGAGGCUGGUUUCGAUAUUGAAGAAUCGCACGCGGAGACAAAACACUUUUCAAUGAAUCUUGGAAUGAUGUUAAUGAACUAUUUCGAGAGGAAUCGAAACCAGUAAGCUGUACGUAUAGGCAACCAGUAUUACACCGAACUGUGAGCAGACACCGGCCGGGGUAUUGCGCAAAAUAUCCAUAUAAUUUCAAAAAACAUUCGAUAUAGUAUCAGCUUGUGGAAGGUAAAUACUAUGAUGAAUUCUUGAAUAACUAGAGAGAUUUGAGGUCAGAAAACGUGGAUUUAUCGUUGAGCAUACCACAGUCUAAUUUUCAGUCAAACGGGUACGACAUGGGUGAUCAGACAUUUCAUACGCCAAGUUUCGGCGACGAGGAAUUCGACAUUCCUGCAAUAAACCCCCAGCAGGGUGGAGGUCAACAACAGCAAGGGCAGCAGCAAGUCCAUCACGAGCAACAAUCGCACUACCAGCCUCCAAUGCAGGGCAUGCAACAAAUGAACCAACAAAUGUCCCAGCAGCAGGAGGCUUUGGGCAUGCACGACCCCACAGGAGGGUACCAGCAGCCGCUGUACCUUAGUGGCCCCCCUGGUGAUCAUGGGAUGCAUGGACAGUCGUACCACAGCCCACAACCUGGCUUCCAUGGUCAGCAACAACAGCAGCAGCAACAGCAGCAUAACAAUCAGCUACUGAUGAUACAACAGCAGCAACAACAGAUGAUGAUGUCUCAUGGCCAACCACCUCCUAUGGGGCAGUAUGGUACAUCUCCACAACACCCUCAAGGGAGAGGCAACAGCCCACCUGCUCCUGGCCAAGAGCCCACCACCAGUGAAGACAGUGAUGACAGCACCCCUCAUCCAGCCAUGAUCCCAGCAAUGAAAAGGCCUUCCCCGGAACCGGCAGAUCAAACAUUAACGAAAGCGCAGAAGAAACCGAAGGUACAAAAGAAAAAAAAGAAGAGGGACCCUAACGAACCACAAAAACCUGUUUCCGCAUAUGCGUUGUUCUUUCGAGACACCCAAGCUGCCAUCAAAGGACAAAAUCCAAAUGCCAGUUUCGGUGAAGUUUCCAAAAUUGUCGCGUCCAUGUGGGAUGCGUUAGAUUCAGAACACAAAAAUGUAUACAAGAAAAAAACGGAAGCAGCUAAAAAGGAAUACUUGAAGGCUUUGGCGGCAUACAGAGCAAGUUUGGUAUCAAAGGGGGCCGGAGAAGGAGAGGGAAUGUAUGGAAACUACAGCCAGUAUCAAGCAGGUGCACCACAGUAUGCCUCAUACCAACCUCAAGGUACAAUACCGUCACCUCCGAUGUCUUCUGCCCAAACGCCACCCAGCCAGAGCCCGAUCGGCAAGAAACCACCCAUGAUGGGCAUGCCGCCCACCUCCCAACAAAGCAUGAUGCAAACCAACAUGGGACAGGUUCCCGGACACAUGAGCAUGCAACAACACCUGCAGCAGCAACAACAACAGCACAAUACCUACAUGCAACAGGUUGGACAACAACAACAGCACAUGCCACCAUCUCCCCAACAACAGCAGCAGCAACACCAAGCUGCUCAACAGCAACAGCACCGCAUGUCUCCGCACGCAGCUGCUGGUCAUAUGCAACCACCUCAACAACCCCAACAACAAGGAGGCAACCCACAACCACCUAGGCAACACCCAACCCCACCUCCAAUGGUAUCCAGCGCAUCCCCACCACUGUCCGGAGGUAGUAACGGCGGCGGUGGAGGCGGUCAACAGCAGCAGGCACAACAACAGUCUAACCAGGGGCAGCAGAGGCCAGGGGCAUGCAUCAGGCACGGCUGCCCGAACCCUGCCGUCACUAAUCCAGAAUGGGAGGACGAAUAUUGCAGUAACGAGUGUGUUGUCAGCCAUUGCAGAGACGUCUUUACAAAUUGGGUAUCGAACAACAAGAACCAAUCACAGAACUUUUCGACGGUAAAAUAAACGGUGCUGCGGCGAUAUAGAUGGCGCUGCAUCAUGAAUCCGGCGUCGUCGGUGCGUGUAAGAAAGAGAUAGCAAUACCCGAUCAGGAAACACGGACAGCUGCUUUUUCCCAGUUCCAGCGCGAUUUUCGAAUGUCGCUAAUUGGCAACGUCGCACGUGUUAUAGUGAGAGGAUAGAUUUAAUAAACAGGUGUACAUAAAAUGAUAAUCAUUUAGUAAGUGAGGUUGUAUUGGAGUUAUAGAAGCAAUACGAUUUCAACAUAGGAGAUGAGGUAUACAAUAUACUGAAUAGUAUUGUAAUCCUAGCAUAUAUACACACAAACAUUGUAUAUUUAAUUAUGAGGUAGCCCAAAAUGAUGUGCGCCAUCUGUCGGAUUUUAUAGGUACAUUGUGUGUCAUCUCGUAGGAUCUUUCUAGGGUUAACGCAAUGCUUGUCCCAUCUAUAGAUAGUAUAUCUAGUUACUUGAUGGUUGAAACAGGGCAAUGUAAGCAAAAAUGCUUUAACAUGUGUGAAAAAAUCCAUGGAUUUAAAAGAAAAAAUAAGCACCAAAUAUUGAUCAGCUAACAGUUACUGAUAAUCACAAUUUGAAGGUGCUAACGUGAAGUUUACCCUUUUAUAUCUCACAUCAACCAUAUUUUUUGAUGGCAUAAUAUGAGUGGUGCUAAUUUUGCCAUAAUCAAAGUAUUUGUUAAAACAGAUUCAAAAUACAGAAUACCUCUAUCGCCCUUUUAACAAAUUUUGUAAGUUUCAAAUGUUCUUCUGAUGGUUAUACCUUAAAACCUCUUAUUUAUAACCUUAGUAGGAUCCUGCUCUCUUCAUGAAAAUCAAAAUGAGCAAAUGAUCUCAAACCAUACCUUUUACUUGAAGUAAUUAAGAGUAGAUUAUCGUUGUGAUAUAAUCUUAUAAUACGUAAAAUCCUGCAAUGCCACACCCUUUUUAGUACAAUCAAUGGACAAUUUACCAGAAAAGCAUCUUGGUUCUAUGCCUUUUGAAUAAUGUAUAAGGUAACAACAUUCAAGGUAACAAUAAAAAGUUCCUAAUUAUUCCUCUAUGUAAAGUUGCAAUUCUUGCGACCCAUUUUACUAAGCCAGGACGCAAAAUGCGCGCGGGUCACAAAUUCAGCCAAUCAGAAGCUGUAUUUGAAGUAACGAAUAUGGCCGUUUUGUAAAAUGUAUCUCAAACUAGAGAGAAUAAUUGUAGUGUGUGUGCAAGACGGGUCCCUAAUUCCCAUAUUAAAUCAUAGGCCACAAGUCCUUUCUCUGAUUCGUCGAAUUUGCGGCUAUGCAAAUCCUUCUUUUUGAUUGAUGGAGUUUACGUCAACUUUUGUGACCGGAGACAAAUGAAAAAUAGUGUUUUGUAACUGAAUCAUGUGAUAUAUGAAAUAUUUCUUGAUUUAAUAUGAGAAUUAGGAGCCCAUCUUACACAGAAUAUACUUUUUCUCUAGUUUGAGAGACAUCUUCAAAGAUGCUUUCUCAUUGGACCAAUUUGUGCAAAUGAGCAAAUUUUGAAUACCAAAGUCAGGCUUUAGCAUCCCUUUGAAAACUACACAUAAAAUGAUGUUCAUUUUGAGGAAAAAUUAAUUUUAAACCUUACGGUUUUGGAAAAUAUUGUAUUUUCGUUGAUUGUACUAUAUUUUUGUAGAAUUAAGACAUGAGGAAAGACUGUUUUGGUCUACCUCGUGAGAUUUGUUAAACUUCUCUUGUGCUAUGUAAAACGCAUGUGUAUCCAUGAUUAAAGUUUGUAGUUAGACAUAUGUCCAAAGUACAUAAACAUUAAAAUAUAUAUUUAGUUUGUAGUUAGACUUUGUUGUUACAUGAAGAUAUGCAAACAUGUUUUUAGUAGUUACAAAGAAGUGAACUCUAAUUUGAAAUAGCAUUAUUUAUAGGCAUAAAAUAUAUUUCAAAAUGUUUUUCUUUCAAAAAGUUUAUUUUUCCAUGCUUCUAUUUCACAGCAUUUCUAAUAAUUUAUAUUGGAGAAAACCUAAAAUAUACCAUUUAUCAUAUAUAGUAUUUAUUCAGAUCUGAUGACAAGUGGCCUAUAAAUAUUGUUAUAUCUAAAUUUCUUUCUUUGUGUUAGAUCAAAAUAUUUAUCAGUCCAUUCGUGAUGUUGUAGUACUGAUAUUUCCUUUACUUAAUUUGAAUCUGUUACACAAGUAACCAGCUUAAAAACAGUAGAAAGAGGUGCUUGGAGAUAUUUGUAUGUGGAUAUUGAAGAAUACAUUUGGAUAAAUGUAGAAGAGGAAUAUCCACCAUAAUCUUAUAUAUCUAUUUAGCUAUGGUGAAGUGUUGAUAAUACAACCACUGGCAUUUUUUGCACUAGAAAGCUGGAAAAAAUGUUCAUUAAGAAUGGUAGCCUGUGUCUUUGAUAUCCCUUUUGCGACUGUGCUUUUUAGCCUAGCUUCAUUUUGCUCUAUAUUCCCAUAUAUUUCACAAUUCAAUUUCAAGUUGGGAAAGUUGUGGACAGAUUCAAAGUGGUAGUAUACAAGUAGCGUACAUACUCUCGGUUAUUUUUUAUAUCAUUGACCAAUCACAGUUACGCUUUUUCAUCGUUGUAUAUAAACUAGCAGUUGUUACUUUAUUGUUAUGUAUUGAUGUGAACAAUCCGAUUUUUAGACUUGUCAGUGGAUAUGGGGGCAGCUCGUGAACUGAACAACGGAAAUUUUGAAGUGUAAAACUUGAAUAAUCACAUGCGUUUUCAAGGUAAUUAAAAUCAAUUUAACUUACUUUUCUAUGAAUCCGAUUCUCAUUUUCUAAUGCUUAUGAUAGUAGACACAUAAUUGAUUUUACCUACUUGUUUACUGGUUAUUCGACUUAAUUAAUUUCAAAGAUACCACAGGCAGCUUCUAAGCUAUUGUCAGGUACAUAUUUUUUAAAAAUCAUGAUAAUUUUCUCAUUAUCGCAGCUGCAGGGCAUGACGGCGUAAUGUGUGCAAUUUUGAAGCAGAAAAGUUAUUCAAAUAUCAUGUUUAUUUUAAAGGGAUUGAUUGGAUUCUCCACUGAUCGGUCUAUUUUUCCAUCUCUAGGUAUCUUAAUACGCCAUGGUGAAGGAUGUAUAUUUGUGAAUAUGUUGAACGAAACUGCGUCUGAUUAGAUACAAACUGUUUGAAAUGGUGCAAUCUUUAGAAUACGAGUUUCACACGUGUUAGUUUUCAUCGUUUUUAUAUUUUUGGUACAGCUGUACUGUUUACGUCUAGUAUUAUACGUAUCUAAACUGUUUGAAACAGUUUGGUCUGUAAGAAUUGUAUAAAUUUAAACUCUAGAUGAAUACAAUAUUGAUAAACAUAUUUUUUGUGAAAUUUUUCGUUUUUUAUUGUUUUGAAAUGUAUUUUAUUUUUAAUUCUGUUCUUUUUUUACUGUUUGGAACCAAGCAAUGUAACCAAACAAUCAUGUUUAUAAAAAGUAUUGAAACUAAAAUAUCGAAAAUUAUAUUGAAUCAUUAUCUCUUUACGAGCUUUAAAAAUUACUAAGUACAAUUUAUGUUCCACUAUUACAUUGUAAAUAUCAUACUUUAUUCUGACAAGCACGCAACCUAUACUAUGUAAUCAAUUAAUAUCUAAAAAUAAAUAGAAUUUACCCAAACAGA